GGGCCGAGCGCCGGCUGGCGCCGCCCUUUCGGGCCCGGCCCGGGGCAUGGGGCGGAGGAUGGAGUGCGGCGGCAGGCGGAGCCAAGCGAGUGAAUACCCACCUGUUGUCAUUCCCAGAUGUGGUCCAGCAAGUCCAUUUAAAGGGCAUUUAAGUACUAAGAGUAAUGCUUUCUGCAUAGAUUCAUCUCGAAGUCUGACUAACCAAUACCUCAUCAGAGAUCACAUGGUAUUUCAUUAUAACAGAAUGCUUUCAGCCAAAGCAGCUGUAGACUGCUCAGUGCCCAAAAGUAGGCUGACCAGCAUCAAAUUUGCCGACCAGCAAAGAAGAGAGAAACUGAAAAAGAAGAUAGCCAGGUGUGAAGAGAAAAUGUGCGUGUGUGAAAGUGUCUCCCGCUCCAGCUCAAGAGACAGCGGAAGGCUGCCAGCCUCUUUUGGAAAGAGUUUCAUGGAAGAGGAAGACAAGGAUGAUUUCUUGCCCUGUGCUGGCCAGACACAGGACCUAUCUAGACCACUGUCUCCUUAUGGCGAACAUGGCUUGGUUCACACCAGUACAGUAAAAUAUGCCACAAAAUGCUCUCGGAAUACAUCUAGGGCAUCUUACUCAAACUCAAGUAUCACUACAUCAAGGCCACCAAGAAACCACUCUGGACUUUCAUGUAGUCAUUCCACUGAUAGUUUUGUGAGCACUAGUCAUUUCCAGAGAUGUCAAAGAAGCAGCCCCAAAGUAUGCAGCGGGGAUCUUCUAGAGAGGCACUCUGAAUACUUCACUAAGAGCCGAAAACCUUUUACUCCACGCACCUUAAUAUCAGAUGCUAAAUCUUUCCUGUCACAGUACAGAUAUUACACUCCUGCUCGAAGGAAAAAGAAGAAUCCCCGCAAGCAGCAUGUGGAAGUUCAGACACAGACCGAUGUGAUCAGGUUUUCUUGUGCAGACACAGUGUCUGGGGAAAAAGUUAUGACUGAACAGCAGAAGAUAACACUGAAGGGUGAAGAUAGAAGAUAUACUGCGAAUGAGCCUGACAGAGAAAUAGAUGCUUGUCCAUGCGCCAUCUUAAGGGAGACAUCGUUGACUUCUCAGAAGUCUUCACCAAGGAAGACUGUUGAGGCUCAAGAAGAGGAGCUUUUAUAUUUAACUUUCAUUGAAGAUGUAACAAAUGAAAUUCUUAGCCUUGGCCUAUUUUCUAACAGGGUUCUGGAACGACUGUUUGAGUGCCAUAUAGAAGAAAAUAAACACCGUUUGGAUGAGGCCAAAAUGCGUCACAUGUUGGAUGUGCUGAAAGCAGACCUCGGCUACGGCCCCGACAGCGAGGCAGAGCAAAUCCAGGAAGGCUGUGAAGGCUUUGACUCACUGGAUCUGCAAGAGUUUGAUACUGGGGAAGAGCUCGAGUUUACCAGUAAAGGUCACAGGGUAAGAAAAGCCACAGAAAGUGAAGAGUUCUUAGAGACCGUGGACUUUUCUUUAAAGGAACCAAAAAACUGUAAAUCACCAUUAUGCAGGGAAAUGUCAAAGGUGACACAGAGCAUGGAGGACUUUUCGGAAGACAUGGCAGAAAUUAUGGAUGCUGGGACAGAGUUUGAUUAUUGUGUGAAAUCUGAAGAACACACAGACACUUCACCCACAUGUGAGGCAACGUUAAACUUGAUUGCUUGUGACAGUGAUUUGGAAGUCAGUAAGGAACUUGAUGAUCUUGAGGAAAGCUUUGCAGAGGCCCUUCAGAUCUCACGUGAUUAUUUGUAAUAGUAACCAAAACAGGAAUAAAGCUAUGGUGAACUGCCAUUUGUCAAAUAGAAGUAAAUUAUUUAUUUUCAAUUUAUUUCUGUUUAAAAAUUGCUAAGAUCUCUCUAGCAGGAUACUAUAAUUGGGCAUUAAUUAAUCUCUGUGUUAAUGUAGACUCUGAAGGGUCAGUUAUCAAAAGAAUUUUGUGUAUUUUGCCUAUAAUUGUAUAACUCGGAACAAACUUUUGAGAAUACUAAAAUUAGAUUUAUAUUUUUAAAAGCUGUAAUAGUAAGUUAUAAAAUAUUUAUUGUUUUAAAUAAAUUAAUUUCUAGUGCAGUUGUACUCCUGCUAUAAAGAUCCAAGAUUUUGUAGCCUGUAAGAAUUCAACAGCUUAACAUCAAUUUAACAUCAAACAAAUGUCCUCUUCCAGAAUGGACAAACAAUUCCAGUAUGUAGUACACCAUGUUGGCACUCACAGAACACUACAAAUGAAAAAUCAAAUUAUUUCACAGGAAGAAAACCGACUUUAACAGAGCUACAUAAAUAACUGACUGUAGUUUUUUAUUUUCAUUUCUUAGCUGAAGGGGACCACUAAGACAGUUCAAUCUCUUGCAUUGAUGACAACCAUGGCAUAGCAUUCUGCAUCAAGCUUUUGGUUUUGGAAAAAGAUUGAGUUGGGUAGUGUUUGAUGACUUGGACUAUGUAGUAGAAGAUACAUCAAACACUUUGUACAGCAAGUGGAGAAAAGGUGGUGUAUUUUAUGGUUAAAGUUUAAAUUGAAGUUGUAACACGCAUUGCACAUAGAGAGUACAGCUAUUUCCUGGCAUUCAUCAUUCAUGUUACUGCAGAAUGAGCUUAACAGGUUCUGGGGAGAUGCUGGCAAGUUAUAUUGUCUUGGCCUUGGUGAGGAACUAUAAGAAGCCUUAGGAACUGGAUAAUGCCUGUUCCCUAGUAUCUUUUAGUGUUGGUUUUAACCUUCUUCCUUCAAGGACAAGCCUAAGUUGUACCAGUUCAUACAUAACAGGCACCACUUGCCUUCCCUGUGCCUCAUGAGCAUCUACCACAGACUUGAUUCCAUAAGUGAGAUGACCAAUUACAGCUGGAAGUGGCUCUGAUAGACACAGACCACUGCUUCACUAACAAAGCAUAAACUUUGGGCAAAAAAAAAAUCUCAGAAGAAGUCUAGGAAAAGCCAGCAAGACAAAAAUAACAUUUCUGGCACAAUCAUCAGCACUGCAGUGCAGAACAUAGUUCCCCAAAAAUGCAAAAGCCACUUUCCUGGGUGCUUUGUCUACAGUACUAAAUGGCACUUGUUGACAGUGACAACAGACCAGGGUUUAUUUUAGCUCUGUACAGGUGGCUGGGCAGAUGGGCACUCAGCUGGCUGUCGUCUUAACCUGGCCUGCAACAUUUGGCCCCUGGCUCACUGAAAAGCAGGUAAGAUAAAGUGAGGAUUUUUGCAUCCCUCUAUCAGAGCCUGUCUUGUUGAAAAGAUGUGGCCAUGGGGCUGAGUCACUACAGUGCAGAGAUGGGAUUUUCCUCAAUCACAAGUGAUCACAGCCCUUCUCUCCCAUUCACAAGGAAGCUCCCUAUUUCUUACCCCAGAGAGCUGAAGGGCAGGAUGCCCCUAGGAAACUAUUGUUUCUGUUGUAUGAAGAAUUCUGACACAAAGGACUGGCUAGAAAACUAAAGAGCAUGGUUAGAUGUAUAUGUUAUAGUAUGCAAUUAUAAAGCCUCCUUGCUCCUCAGACAGGAUUUGACCCAUUCUUGGGGCCCUGCAUUCCAAGUUCUCCAUUCUUGGUCAGUAUUGACAUUUAGGGCGUUUCUUUCCUACCUAUUAAUACACUGUGAUUUGUACAUCAUAAGAAAACAUCACUCAGCAAACUUUGACUUGUUAAUCAACAGGAGUCUGAUUAAAGAUUAAUAAGAAUUUCACAUUUAAAUUCUGUAAAUGAAAAAACAAACAAAACACCACAGCAAUGAAACUCACAGAAAGGCACAAAUAAUGACAUACUCAUUUCCUGUUGUAUGAGUAACACAAAGCCAAAUAAAAAAGUUCCUUGACCAUAUUUCCUGCUGAUGAGCUGUCUGAACAUCAAUGACAUUUUUUUCUGGGUAGAUGGAACUCAAAAGAGGAAAUAAAUUCAUUAAACA